AUGGCUGGUGACACCAUUCCCAAACUUGCAGUCCUGAUUGAUGCGGACAACGCGCGGUACUCCAUUCUCAAUCUUCUUCUCUCUGAAAUUGCCAAAUACGGGACAGCUCAUGCCAAACGAGCCUAUGGAGACUGGAGCAGCCCAGAUUUGCAGGGCUGGAAGGACGUGCUGCUUAAGCAAUCGGUCCAACCGAUCCAACAGUUCGCAUAUACUCACGGCAAGAAUGCGACUGACUCGGCCAUGAUCAUAGACGCAAUGGAUCUCUUAUACUCUAGUCGGUAUGACGGAUUCUGUCUUGUCUCAAGCGAUAGUGACUUCACUCGGUUAGCUGCUCGUAUCCGCGAGGCGGGACUUAUUGUGUACGGACUCGGCGAGCGGAAAACGCCUCAACCCUUUGUUGCUGCGUGCGAUAAGUUUAUUUACACCGAAAAUCUCGUGCAUGUCGAUAAGCUCGUACCGCAUUCUGCUAGUGUCAUCAGGCCUGGAAAUCCUUCGCCGGGUAAAAAGGCAGAAAAAGAUGAGCACUUAGCAGACCACUUGCGAACAGCGGUAGAGGCAUCCUCAAAUGAUGAUGGAUGGGCUAUGCUAUCUGAUGUCGGUAACCUUCUCACGAAGAAACACCCUGAUUUUGACUCCCGUACCUAUGGAUACCACAAGCUUAGUGAUUUAAUCACCGCGUUGUCUUCAAAGUUUGAAACCAGCCGCCGGUCCCUUCGAAAAGGCUCGCCUACGGAGUUUUUCGUGCGCGAUAAGCAUCGGAAACCUGAAAAUCGUGCUUAA